GCUCGCCGUGGCGAGAGUGGCCGGAAGCCGGCGCGGCUCCGGUGCCCGAGGGCCAAGUUCACGUGGCCUCCCUGGGAACCAGCACACCCGCCUGCAGUCCUCUCCCGGCCUUGCAGCCGCACCUGAGCCCCACGGCCAUGCGAGCCAGUGAGAAGGACUUGGAAAAGGCGGUGAGCCAGCUGAAGCUUCUGAAGGAGGACCCGGGGAACGCAGUGAAGCUGCGACUCUACGCCCUCUACAAGCAGGCCACUGAGGGACCUUGUACUAUGCCCAAACCAAGUGUGUUGGACUUUAUCAGUAAAGCUAAAUGGGAUGCAUGGAAUGCCCUUGGCAGCCUGCCCAAGGAAGCUGCCAGGCGAGACUAUGUGGAUCUGGUGUCCAGUUUGAGUUCCUCAUCAGAAUCCUCAAGCCCAGUGGAGCCUGGAGCCACCAGCAGAUCAUGGGGAUAUGAAACCCUGGUGGUGACUUCCGAGGGUGACAUCACGAAGAUCAUGUUCAACCGGCCCACCAAAAAAAAUGCUAUCAACACUCAGAUGUAUCAUGAACUUAUGCUGGCACUUAGAGCUGCAAGCCAGGAUGACUCCGUCAUAACUGUUGUGACAGGUAACGGUGACUACUACAGCAGCGGGAAUGAUCUGACGAAUUUCACCGAUGUUCGCUCUGGUGGACUUGAGGAGAAAGCGACAAACAGUGUCACUUUACUGAGGAAUUUUGUGAACUGCUUCAUCGAUUUUCCUAAGCCUCUGGUCGCGGUGGUCAAUGGUCCCGCGGUGGGAAUCGCCGUCACCCUCCUGGGGCUGUUUGAUGUUGUGUAUGCCUCGGACAAGGCGACGUUUCACACUCCGUUCAGUCACCUCGGCCUAAUCCCGGAAGGAUGCUCCUCGUACACCUUUCCCAAGAUAAUGGGCACGGCCAAGGCCGCGGAGAUGCUCAUUUUUGGGAAGAAGUUAACAGCAGCAGAGGCCUGUGCUCGUGGGCUGGUCACUGAGGUUUUCCCUGACAGCACUUUCCAGAAGGAAGUUUGGACCAGGCUGAAAACAUACACAAAGCUCCCCAAAAAUACCGUGAGAGUUUCGAAAGAACUCCUCAGAAACUUGGAGAGAGAAAAGCUGCACGCCGUGAAUGAGGAGGAAUGCAGGGUCAUCCGGGGGCGAUGGAUGUCAGACGAGAGCGUGAAUGCCAUCGUGAGCUUCUUGUCCAGGAAAGCGAAGCUCUGAUGGCCGCUGCGCGGGGAGGCUGUGCUGUGACGUCGCACCCUGACACCUCCGCUACCCUGCAUCGCGCCUCUUUUGUUCAGUGCUAGUCUGCCAGUUGUAAUGAUAAUAUUUAAUUAAAGCUUUGAUGGACAAAAUA